UUCGAGGCACGACUAUUAGAGCGUAUCUCUAAGACUAGAAGUCUUAUUACCAAAAGAGUAAUCCACGCUCCACUGUAACGCGUGUGUGCCACCAACCUUCUUUAUUAUUAACACUGUCCUCCAUGCGUUUCGCGGACAGUUCGUGACUUAAUUUAAUGGAGUUUAAGUUUCGAGCUGGCGAUGAUAGACCACCGCCGUAUCUACCGCCGUCUUCCAGCUUCAGCUAUUUCUUGAAGUCCGAGCAAGCAUUGCGAGCUAACUACUCAACUUUCCUCAAUUUCGUGGGAAACCAAAGAGAUUUUUACACUAUGCAGCAUGAGAUUGAAAAGGACAGAAUCAGGCAAGAAAUAAUUGCUGAAGAAAACAUUUGUCGGCAAAUGCUUGAAGUAGAGGUGAGGAGGGAGUUAAUGAUGGAAAGAGAGAUGGCAAUGCAUAGAGAAGGCAAAAUGGGUCUGUCAAUUGAAGAAAGGCUCACAAUGCAGCUUGAUUCAAGGUUUCCAUUCAGGCACCAGUUCAAUAAUUGCUGGUUACAGGACCAGCUAGCAUUUCCUGGGAAUUGCAGCUUGGGACUGGGAAUUGGUGUGUCCCCUUCUGUCUUGCCACAGUUGGGGGAUGCCAUGACAGAUGAGAAUGUGAAGCCCAAGGCAAAUGUCUGUGGAGAAAAACGGAAGGCUGCCAUGCCUCCUGCUGUGAACACCUUCCAAGGUAAGAGGCACAAGGCCAAGGAGAAAGCACUAAGAGCUCAGAAGAUGCUGCAAAAGAAUUCCACCAAGUCAUUGCCAAAAGGGCCGAAGUCGUCUGGAAAGCCAAUUAGGCUGGCUGAGACCAGAGUUACUUCCAGCUCAGAACUGGAGGUGACGGCGGAAGAGAAAUCACUUCAAAUCAAUAAAAUGAAUGAUGGUUCAGACCAGACAAUGGAAGAUGGAGUAGAUUUAAAUAAUAGGAAAAGUGACUUUCUUAAAAAGGAAAACGAGAAUGCAGUAAAUAAGAAGAAAAAUGGGGUAUCAACAGCAGGGAAAGUUGAGAAAACAUUUGAAGCUAGGAGGAAGAAGUUUAAAUUUUGGUGUGAAACUUGUCGGGUUGGAGCUUACUCUGAAGUAGUGAUGGAGACUCAUACGAAUGGGAAGAAGCACAUGCAUCGAAUUCAGAAACCUAAGAUCCAUGAAGCUGUACCCAAUAAUAAAACCAGAACCAGUGUCCCCACAAACAUGAUCGCGUCUCCAGAGCCUACUGAGAAGGGAACUGAUGUAGGAGCAGCUAGGUCACCAGAGCCUAUUGAGAAGGCAAGUGAUGUAGAUGCAGUUGACCCUACUGAGAAGGCCAGUGAUGUGGAUACCAUUCCAUCGCCAGUGCAUUCUGAGAAGGCAAGUGAUUUAGAUGCAGUUGAGCCUACCGAGAAGUCCAGUGAUGCGGAUACCAUUGCAUCACUAGUACGUUCUGAGAAGUCAAGUAAUGUAACUGUUGCAUCACCUGAGCAUGCUGAGAAGGCAAGUGAUAUAGUUGCUGAUGCAUCAGCUGAGUGCGCUGAGAAGUCAAGCAAUUUAGCUGCUGUUGCCUCACCAGAACAUGCUGAGAAGCCAAGUGAUGUAGCUGCUGUUGCCUCACCAGAACAUGCUGAGAAGCCAAGUGAUGUAGCUGCUGUUGCAUCAGCAGAGUCUGCUACAUUACCAGGGCCUGCUGAGAAGACAAGUGAAGUAGCCACUGCUGCUGCAUUACUUUGCCAGAUGGGAAUGCACGUAAUUUAGAUACUGGCAUGUCAUCAAAGCUUAUGGGGAAGGCAAGUGAUUUGCAUGCGGUGGCUGACAACUGCAGUAAAGAAACAACGGAAAUUGUUGCUGGAGAAUUAACCAAGAGUGAGAAUGAUGAUAAACAUAGAACUUAUAUUCUUGUCAUUAUCUUCAUCGUCAUGAGGUUGAUUCCUUCAUAAGUUUCUGGUUUGAAUAGGAGCCAUGAACUCAAAGCUUCUUAUCUAGUGAUUCUUUUUUUUUUUUUACUGGUUUCCUCUCUAAUGACUUAUUAUCUCUGAUAUCAUUAUUUAUUAGUCAAACUAGCUCGAACUUGCCAUUUCAGAUUCAAGCCAAGUUUGUGUUGGCUAUUGUUGGGAUUCAGUUUGACACAAAUCCAUCUUUGCUUCAAUUUUGGCGAGUGUGUCAAUUGUGGAAAUAUAUCUUUUCAAUUGCCAUUAA